AUGGCAGAUAUCGUAUGGCCGUGGCAGUAUAAUUUUCCUCCAUUUUUUACAAUCCAACCUCAUACAGAAACAAGAGCAAAACAACUAGAAGCAUGGCAACAACUAAUCACAGAAUAUUUAAAAACCACAAAACAGUCAACGAUAGACAUAAGAGAAUCACAAAAUAGUCCGCUGUUCAAUAAUACUGAGAUUAACAGGAAGCUGUCUCAAGAAGCCAUCCUAACUAUCCUUGACGAUAUGGCGAAGACUGGAAGGGCGGCGCCAGUAGAUAAAAGUAAAAAUGUAUGGGAAGUGUACUGGCACUCGCUUGAUGAAUGGGGCAACUUGAUAUACAACUGGGCUUGUAAUAAUGGAAUGAACAAUUCUGUCUGUACCCUGUUUGAGUUGAGGGAAGGUGACAAUACUGCUGACCAAGAGUUCCACGGCCUCGACAUGAAUGUGUUAGUGAAGGCUUUAAAGAAUUUAGAAGUAAAAGGAAGAUGUGAACUUAUGGAGUUUGAUGACAACCAGGGAGUGAAGUUCUUCUGA